AGCCAAGAGAAUACGGAGCGUGUGUUCUGUGGGAGGUGGUGGGUUGUGUGCGUGGUCGGUCGUGUGUGCGUGUGAAUGCGUACAUGUGUGUUUUGCUGCCCGUUGUGUCUGUGCACUGCACAGAUGGCAAGGAAUAAACCAAGAAUACAACCAAACAGGGAUGGAUUGCUUAUGGAUCAGGUCUGAUGCGCCUCUCUGUCUCCUCGUCUCUCUGCUUUUCGCCUGGCAGCUCCGUCUGGACAUCUAGGACGGCGUUGUUCACAAAGUCCCUUCAGUGGAUGGCCCCAGAAGUGGAGGCCAGAUGGAAAUUGGUUCUCAUGACCGCCUCCAGGAAGGCAUGUUGAGUCUUGAGUUGGCCAAUGGAGUGAGCCCUUAUCCUAAUGAUGAUGAGGCAUCUAUGGAAACAGAACAACAGAAAGCAGGAAGUGUGCCCCCUAGACAGAGCUGGGUGCCAGGACAUGGCAAGGUCAGUGACACCCAGCAGCAGCAGCAGCAGCCAUGUUGGAGCGGUGGUGGUGGUGCAACCCCUGCUGUACCAGUUCACCAUGCAGACAUGGAGGAUGCCCACAAUCUGGUGGCUUUUUCUGUUACUGCUAGCUCUUUGCCUCCUUCUUCAUCAUCGUCUUGCCAGCAGGUGCAGAUAAAUACAACCCAGUUGUAUGAAAGGUUCAUCCAGGAGACAGGUGCUAGAGAAGCUCAUUCCAGAGGUUUUGCAGAGGCACCUGAGGGAAGCUGCCAACCUUCAGAGGAUCUUGAGACUUUACGGACAGCACUGAGCCAAGCCAAGCAUGGGCACAAGCCCCCCAACUGCAACUGUGAUGGACCUGACUGUCCUGACUAUCUUGAGUGGCUGGAGAAGAAGAUUAAAUUAGCUACUAAAGGCUCCCACAAAACAGCUGAUGGUGCUCCACACUCACAGCAACCCAGUUUGCAGCAACACCCUCAGACAUACCGACAGAUGAAUGGCGCCCAUCAUAUAUCUAAUUCAUGUUCCCAGCAACAGGCAGUAAAACCAGGCCCUCACCAAGACCAAGUGCCCUGCUCCAAACCCCCUAUUCCUUGCUCUCCACAGGUGCUUUCCAUGGUCAAAGAAAAGAACAUUAGUCUUCAAGCAGCCAUUGCCAUAGAUGCCCUGACACAGUUGUCUGGUUCUGGUCCUCAGGCAGCCAGUUCUCUUGACCAAACCUUAUUCAGAAAUAAAUUUCAUAGCCAACAACACACAGAGGACAUCAUGCAUGGUUUGAGCCUAUCCUCUCCAACAAACACCUCAUCAUCUCGCCCACAGUCUGUCCCUUCAGGUCUGCAUACCAACCAGCAGGAUCCGUCAUGUGAACAUCACAGACCCCAGUCCCAGGGUCAUUUGCCUCAUGCUACACUUUUCCCAUCUUCUACCUCUCCUUUACCAGGUCAGGGAAAACCCCUGGGUUUCAGUUAUAAUCCUCAGCAGGGGAAGCAAGGCUCUGGCAGAGAACUGGAACAGAUGAAUCCAUGGAUGUGUUUGAAAUCUGAAACCCAGUCUCACUUUAUAACUUCCGCUCACAAUAAAUCUGACCCCAUGUCAGAGCUUAAACAGCUGCUUGGUGAUACCAGUGGUAAAUUAAAACAUGCCCCUUUUAAGCUUCCAGUCAUGCAGCAGCUCAGCUUGAACCAGAACGGGGAAAUUCAAGGCCAAGGCGGAUCAGCACAGGCCAGAAUAAAACAGGAGUCAGACUCUGAAAAUUACCAUCACACUGCCUCUGUUGGACAAUAUGGUAUUUCAAAUGGACAACAGCAAGGUCAGCACUACCUUGGUAAUACUAUGUCUCCUGGACAAGCAUCCAUCAGCCACUCCACUCAGGCAGCUCUUCAGCACCACCUUCACUACAGGAGGAACCUCUUUUCUACCCACCCCUCUGGUUUUGGAGCACCAGGCUCCCGUGCACCAAUGGGUUGCCAAAACCUAAAAAAAUGGUGGCCACAAGUGGAUGCAGAAGGUUUGUCGCUUCUGCAGAUUAAGCAGGAACCCAAGGAGCCCAAAAAGAAGAAAAGCAGCCAUGGAUCUCCUGUCAUAAAAUCAAUAGGUGGGAUGUCCUUGGGCCACCCCCUCUCCAAACCCAAACAGAUAAUCAUCAAGAAAACUAAGCAGAAAGCUUCCUUGCCAACUUUUCUGCCUCAAGCUCAGAUCAGUGUACAAAAACCACCAGUCCAUGUGAUAGACAGAUCCCCAGCUCUAAACAGCCUGCAAGCAUGCUCUCUCCCCUCUCUGGCCCUCCUCAAUAACUCCACUCAGGCUGCUGUUGCAGGUCUCCCUGCCCCAGCCCAAUCUCAGGUAUCCAUCUCCAGCACCUCAAUGAGUUCCUCUUCCACACCUUCUGUUUCAUCAGAACACGCUCCAACUCUCAUGAACCCUACGUUCCAGUCUGUGGCUCCUGCAGCCCAUGAUACAUCAGAAGACUCAGGCAUGAGCCUGACCUCCAAUAACACCAGCAACGUCACACCUGUGACCUCCACAUCUUCAUCCAACACUUCUCAGUUACAAAAUCUCAUCAACAUAGAUCCAAAGUUUGAAGAACUGAUCCGCCAGUUUGAGGCUGAAUUUGGAGACUCAGCUCCUGACAUAUCUGGCAGUCAGUCCAAGAAGGAGAUUGCUCCAGGCCCCAAGCUAGGGAAUCAAUGUGUAAUCAGUCCUCAGGACCUCAGUUCCACAUCAUCCUACACCACCAAGUCAGUUUCCUCAGUUUCCACUGUUAAAACCAACGCCACACCUCAUUCUGAUGAUCAGGAGAUGGUUGUCAACAAGAAUGGAUUAGCUAGUCAAAGUGAAACAACUAUGAACCUGCCAAACACAGAGAGCGCCAUGGAAAUGCAACGGCAAGAGCCAGCUGAUGCUUUUGUGAACCAGGAGACCACUUUGGACAAGCAGCAGCCACCCAGAGUGCUCGAAAACACAUUUAGCAUGCAAGGUUCUCCGCUGCCCAAACGCUUUAAAUUUGAAGCUUCGGGGGAAUUAGCAGUACUGUCUACCACCUGCUUUUCUGAAGAGGGCACACCAUCAAAGGACGGGCUUCACUCUUCCCCUUCACUCAAAGGCUUUCUAGAUUCCCCUCUGCGCUAUUUGGAUACACCCACCAAGAACUUGUUGGAUACUCCCUCCAAGGACCAACAGGCAGACUUCCCCACCUGUACCUGUGUGGAACAAGUCCUGGAGAAAGAUGAAGGACCGUACUACAAUCACCUGGGAUCUGGACCUACUGUCGCCUCCAUACGAACCCUGAUGGAGACGAGGUAUGGAGAGAAAGGCGAAGCUGUCCGGAUAGAAAAGGUGGUGUACACAGGCAGAGAGGGAAAGAGCUCCCAUGGUUGUCCUAUUGCCAAAUGGGUGAUCCGUCGGAGCAGCGAGAAAGAAAAGCUGCUGUGUCUGGUGCGUCAUCGGGCCGGCCACCACUGUGCCAACGCGGUCAUCAUUGUUGUUAUUUUGGCCUGGGAGGGCAUCCCCAGAGUCAUGGCCGACAAGCUGUACCGCGAUGUCACAGACACGCUCACUAAAUAUGGCAACCCCACCAGCCGGCGCUGUGGCCUCAAUGAUGAUCGUACCUGCGCUUGUCAGGGCAAAGAGCCUGAAAUGUCUGGUGCAUCCUUUUCAUUUGGUUGCUCCUGGAGUAUGUACUUUAAUGGCUGUAAGUACGCCCGAAGCAAAACGCCACGCAAGUUCAGACUACAAGGAGAUCACCCUGAAGACGAGGAAAAACUCAGGGACAAUUUCCAAAAUCUGGCAACUGAGGUGGCUCCUUUGUACAAGCAGCUGGCGCCACAGGCCUACAGCAACCAGUGCCAGGCAGAACAUCGAGCUCCAGACUGCAGGUUGGGGUUAAAGGAAGGCCGUCCAUUCUCUGGAAUCACUGCAUGCAUGGACUUCUGUGCCCAUGCUCAUAAGGACCAGCAUAAUCUCCACAAUGGCUGUACAGUGGUGUGCACUUUAACCAAGGAGGACAACCGAAAAGUGGGGGAAAUCCCUGACGAUGAGCAGCUCCAUGUAUUGCCUCUUUACACAAUUUCACAAACAGAUGAGUUUGGUAGUGAAGAGGGCCAGCGCAUCAAGAUUAAGACUGGAGCCAUACAGGCUCUUCAGGCUUUCCGUCGUGAGGUACGCAAACUGCCCGAGCCUGCCAAAUCCUGCAGACAACGUCGGCUCGAAGCUAAGAAGGCCGCAUCAGAGAAGAAGAAAAAUAAACUCAUGCAGCAGCCAGGGGAGACCCCAGAAAAAUCAGUGGUUAAGUCUGAGCGCUGUAUCUCCAGUUCCCCCCAACUCCAAGCCAACAAAGAAAUGAUAAAAGAGGAUGUGAAGCCCAACAUCAAGAUGGAGCCAUUCAGUGGAUCAACAGAUGGAUACCCCAUGCAAGCAACUGACCCUUUGAAAAAUAUUUAUCAGCAUCCUGCCUACUAUGCAAGGGGAGCUCAUUCCCCCGCAGGUCAGCCCUCUCCAGCCGAUGCAGUGAAUGGCUACCACCACAGUCUGCCCACAAUGCCCUAUGGCUAUUACAACUACCCUCCCAAUGCACUUUUCCCACGCAAACUGAGAACCUAUGAAGGUCGAAAUGGUUCCUUGCCCAAACCAGGAGUCAAGCCUGUUCAGAUAGACAAAAAGCCUGACUUUCAGAACCUUCAGGCCAGACAGUGUCAGUCCUCCAUCAAUCUCCCAGAGCAACUAACCCAGUCCAACACCAGUGCUUACACUCAGCCAUCAGACUACAACCCUUCCCGUCCUUCUUCUGUCUCCUCUGAGUCCUCCAACAGAGGCACUCCACUCAUCAAACAGGAGCCUAUGGAUGUACCACUCUAUGAAGGUGCAUUGCCAAGUCUGACUGGUGCCAACACAUCAAGGACCACCCCUCAAUCUGCAGCCUGGACAGGGUACAAGCCUAAUGGAAGUAUUAAUCCUACCACCUGGGAUGGCCAUCUAAACCGAAGACAAAGUCUAGAUGUCUCUUCUUUGAACUUGGAUAAGCAGCAGUUUCCCCAGCAUUCUCAGCAGCGACAGUCAUCGGCUUACCCCCAGCAGUGGACAUCCUUCCCUUGCUCAAAUCCCACUAUAGCUUCCCCCAAUCCAUCACUCCAACUACCUUCUUCUCCACCUUUGUCCCCUCUCAUUGGCACAGCACUCCAGGCUAACUUAUACCAAGGCUCCGCAUGCCAUGUUCCCUCUCACCCAGGUACACCACAGCCUGGCACCUCUCACUCAGGCUCAGUUACCCCCCACUCAGUGACUCCAGGCCCAGGCACCCCAGGCCCAGGCACCCCACGCUCUCUCACUCCAGGCCCAGGCACUCCUGGUCCAGGCACUCCUGGCCCAGUCACCCCUAGGCACUGGGUCAGCCCUGCUUCUAGCCCCCAGCCUAAUGCCUGGGGCAUGAGUCCUGCUGCAUAUAGUCCUGGUUUAAAGCACAGCAAUCCUGCAGGUGCCUGCCCCGACAAGAUGUGGUCCAAAACCAGGGAGAACCGGUGUUCCACUCCCCUUGGGCUCCAAGAAAAGGCCUGGAAGUCAUGUGGAGGUUCAGUGGCAGGCAGCACCCCUUCCCCUGCUCCUGAAGGUCGCCUUUUCCCUGAUGCCCUACAGCAGUCAAAUCAAGCCUACUGCAACCCCUGCCGGGCUGAGAGUGAUGUUGAGAGCUCUAAGCAUCAUGAAGAAGAGGAGGAAGAGGUAUGGUCUGAUAGUGAACACAACUUCUUGGAUUCCACCAUUGGUGGUGUGGCAGUAGCUCCAGCCCAUGGUUCCAUCUUGAUUGAAUGUGCUCGCCGGGAACUACAUGCUACCACUCCACUUAAAAAACCCGACCGCUCUCAUCCCACUCGCAUCUCCCUGGUAUUCUACCAGCACAAGAACCUUAACCAGCCAUUGCAUGGGCUGGCUCUGUGGGAGUCUAAAAUGAAGCUGCUGGCAGAGCGAGCGCUGCAAAGGCAGCAAGAAGCAGCUCUCCUCGGUCUCUCCCAGGAAGACAUAAAGACACUCGGAAAGAAACGUAAAUGGGGUGCUACAGUCACAGGUUCAAGCCCAGGACCUGGACAAUCUAAAGACAAGAAAGUCGGGCCAGUGACACGGUUAUCCUCCACGUUUAACACCACCUCUUUAGUUACAGUGUCUCCCUAUGCCUUCACUCGCCUCACUGGGCCCUACAGCCACUUCGUCUGAGGCAUGAUGGACACGGAAAGACUAAAAGCAACAGAGUGGUGCAGUGGGGGGCUGUAGAGGGCAAUGAGCAGGAUGAAUGUCUCCUUGCUGUUUCACAGUCUGGUGUCUCUCCAUCCUGCCCCCUCCACAUUUCAUACAGAGGAGAGACAUUUUCAUUGUGUUUUACCUCAUGUCAGGCGGUGGUUGAGCUGCCUGUGGUGCUCUUUGUCUCUCAGUCACAGAGACGAACUCCAUUACUCUUUUUCUUGUUUAUAGAAUUUUAAU